AUGGACAAGUUCAAGUGCCCGAGCUUCUUCAAGUGCGGAGGGAAGGAGAAAGUGACGGCUUCAUCUGAGAAUUUCCAUGUUGGUGAAACUGAUGAGAAUCAGGACCGUGGUAACUGGUCCAAAAAAUCGGAUUAUCUUCUAUCUAUGGUUGGAUAUGCAGUGGGAUUAGGGAAUGUGUGGAGAUUCCCCUAUUUGACCUACAACAAUGGCGGAGGUGCCUUCUUGAUACCUUAUGCGAUCAUGCUGGCACUGGCUGGUUUGCCUCUGUUCUUCCUGGAGUGUUCACUGGGACAGUUUGCUAGCUUAGGUCCAGUUUCAGUUUGGAGGCUUCUCCCAUUGUUUCAAGGUGUGGGAAUUACAAUGGUCCUGAUAUCCAUUUUCGUGACAAUCUAUUAUAAUGUCAUAAUUGCCUAUAGUCUUUACUACAUGUUUGCUUCUUUUCAAAGUGAACUACCAUGGAAAAAUUGCUCAUAUUGGGCAGAUGAGAACUGUAGCAGAUCGCCUAUAGUUACUCAUUGUAAUAUCAGUACACUUUCGGGGGAGAGCAUCCAAGUGAAUAAAAGCUUGGUAGACAUCAACGCUUUAAACUGCAUCAAUGGAAGUGAAAUUUAUCAGCCAGGGCAGCUUCCCAGUGAACAAUAUUGGAAUAAAGUGGCACUCCAGCGGUCAAGUGGAAUGGAUGAGACUGGAGUAAUUGUGUGGUAUUUAGCACUUUGUCUUCUUCUGGCUUGGCUCAUAGUUGGAGCAGCGCUAUUUAAAGGAAUCAAGUCUUCUGGCAAGGUGGUAUACUUUACAGCUCUUUUCCCCUAUGUUGUCCUGCUCAUCCUGCUAGUCCGAGGGGCGACUCUGGAGGGUGCAUUGAAAGGCAUUUCAUACUAUAUUGGAGCACAGUCAAAUUUUACAAAACUUCAGGAAGCGGAGGUUUGGAAGGAUGCUGCCACUCAAAUAUUUUACUCCCUUUCAGUGGCUUGGGGUGGCUUAGUUGCUCUAUCAUCUUACAAUAAGUUCAAUAACAACUGCUUCUUAGAUGCUAUUUUAGUUUGUCUGAUAAACUGCUUCACUAGUGUGUUCGCUGGAUUUGCUAUUUUUUCUAUUUUGGGACACAUGGCUCAUAUAUCCGGAAAGGAAGUUGCUCAAGUCGUAAAAUCAGGUUUUGAUUUGGCAUUCAUUGCUUAUCCAGAAGCGUUAGCCCAACUCCCAGGUGGCCCAUUUUGGUCCAUAUUAUUUUUCUUCAUGCUUUUGACUUUGGGUCUCGACUCUCAGUUUGCAUCCAUUGAAACAAUUACAACAACGAUUCAAGAUUUAUUUCCCAAAGUGAUGAAGAAAAUGAGGGUUCCUAUAACUUUGGGUUGCUGCUUGGUUUUGUUUCUCCUUGGUCUCGUCUGUGUGACUCAGGCUGGAAUUUACUGGGUUCAUCUGAUUGACCAUUUCUGUGCUGGAUGGGGCAUCUUGAUUGCAGCUAUACUGGAAAUAAUAGGAAUCAUCUGGAUUUAUGGUGGGAACAGAUUCAUUGAAGAUAUAGAAAUGAUGAUUGGAGCAAAAAGGUGGAUAUUCUGGCUAUGGUGGAGAGCCUGCUGGUUUGUCAUUACACCUCUUCUUCUGAUUGCAAUUUUGAUCUGGUCACUCGUGAAAUUUCAUAGGCCUAAUUAUGCCAAAAUUCCAUACCCUGACUGGGGAGUUGCUCUAGGCUGGUGUAUGAUUAUUUUCUGCAUUAUUUGGAUUCCGAUUAUGGCCGUCAUAAAAAUAAUUCAAGCUGAAGGAAAUAUCUUUCAACGCAUUGUAAGCUGCUGCAGACCAGCUUCUAACUGGGGUCCAUACCUAGAACGACAUCGUGGGGAGAGAUAUAAAGAUAUGGUAGAUCCUAAAAAAGAGACUGACCAUGAAAUACCUACUGUUAGUGGCAGCAGAAAACCAGAAUGA